GAGACACAGAAAACGAGGAAUUAACAGAGCGAUGUGGAUGUGGAGGCAUGAAUGCUUCAGUAAACGGCGGGAAGAAACAGAGGAAGAAUUUCAGUGAGAUCUGAAGGUUAAUGUGAAAAGAGAGAAGAAAUGAAAAUGUUGAGUGAUAGGCCGGCCGGCGAAGGUGAAGAAGUCACCGGCGGUGAUGGUUCAACGGUUAUGGUAGGGGUGAAGUUGGAUGCAGAGAGCAGAGAGUUACUUACUUGGGCUCUCGUCAAAGUCGCUCAAACAGGCGAUCGAGUUAUUGCUCUUCAUGUACUCAAUGAUUCAGACGUCAUUGAUCGAGAUGGGAAAUCAUGUCUUCUCUCGCUGGUCAAAGCGUUUGAUUCUGUACUUGCUGUGUAUGAAGGUUUCUGCAAUUUGAAACAGGUGGAUCUCAAACUUAAGAUCUGCAGAGGGUCUUCAGUUCGGAAAGUUAUAGUGCGGGAAGCGAAAGUUUAUGGGGCUAGUAAAAUCAUUGUAGGGACGGCCAGGAACCACCGCACAAUUGGGUCUCCUGUUUCUGUUGCAAAGUACUGUGCGAGGAAACUUUCGAAAGAUUGUUGUGUUGUUGCUGCUAAUAACGGUAAAGUUUUGUUUACGAGAGAAGCAUCUGCAGUACCCUCCAGUGGCUCCCGAGAAGAGGAUCAUGGCCUGCGUAAGAAUUUGUUCUCUGUGAUUCAGCGCUCAUUGAGUAAGCAUCAUAGUAAUAGACUACUAAAGGACGCACCAGCAGCGGUUGUAACUAAUCAGGAAACUCGUAGGGGUUCUGAGGCGGAAUCACCAAAAGCGGGGUCGGAUUGUUCAGUGGCUUCAUCACUGAGGCAGAUUUGUUCAAUCUGUACGCAGGAUACCAAUUGUACCCAACAUACAGAAGAUUCUAAUGGUGAUGAGAAUAAAGACAAUUCUUUGGCUUUAGUGCCACUACAGGCUCUUGAAGGAUUCUCAAAUUCAAUCUCACUAAGGAUCCACAAAAUGCCGGAGUUGAGACCUGGUUGGCCGCUCCUUCGCCAGAGAUUUUGGCCAAAUCGGCAAUCAGAGGAGAGAUCUUCUGAAAAGCAGAUCUCUGUAGUCCAAUGGGCAAUGCGGCUACCUAGUAGGUCUUCAGUAGCAGUUUAUCCUGAUUGUUAUCAAAUAAACAGUCAUCAGCAGGGUGAAGCUUGUGCCUCUAAAUUGGAUGGAGAGAGCGGCGCAAUUGUUCCAGUAGGGACCAAUGCGACUUCUCCUCCUCCUUCACCCAAGAAUGGAUCUAAGAACAUCCCCAAAGAGUUGGAAGGUCUGCACGAGAAGUACUCAUCCACAUGUAGAUUAUUUGGGUACCAGGAACUUGUGUCGGCGACGUCUAACUUUAAGACUGAUAAUUUGGUGGGAAAAGGAGGCAGUAGCCAGGUUUAUAGAGGGCAUCUUCCAGAUGGGAAAGAACUGGCAGUAAAAAUUUUGAAGCCAUCAGAAGAUGUGUUGAAAGAAUUUGUGUUGGAAAUUGAGAUCAUCACAACCUUAAAUCACAAUAACAUAGUCUCCCUCUUUGGGUUCUGCUUUGAGGACAACAAUCUUCUAUUGGUUUAUGACUUUUUUUCCAGGGGAAGCCUUGAAGAGAACCUUCACGGUAAUAUUAAGGACAAGUCGGCAUUCGGGUGGGGAGAGAGGUACAAGGUAGCUCUGGGUGUCGCUGAAGCUCUGGAAUACCUACACACUGGGAGUGCUCAAAAUGUGAUCCAUCGGGACGUGAAAUCAUCGAAUAUCCUUCUCUCUGAUGAUUUUGAGCCACAGCUGUCGGAUUUUGGACUUGCUACCUGGGCUUCAACCUCCUCAUCUCACAUAACAUGCACAGAUGUUGCAGGAACUUUUGGAUAUUUGGCUCCUGAGUACUUCAUGUAUGGCAAAGUAAAUGACAAGAUUGAUGUCUAUGCCUUUGGUGUUGUACUCCUUGAGCUUCUUUCCGGAAGGAAGCCCAUCUGCAGUGACUGUCCAAAGGGCCAAGAGAGCCUUGUUAUGUGGGCAAAGCCAAUUCUUGAUGGUGGGAAAAUCAUCCAAUUGUUAGAUCCAAGCUUUGGAGAUAGUUAUGACCAUGAUCAGAUGGAGCAGAUGGUUUUAGCUGCUACCCUCUGUAUCAGACGCUCACCUCGAUCAAGACCUCGAAUGAAUCUUGUCUUGAAGCUCCUCCAAGGUGAUCCUGAGGUAACCAAGUGGGCAAAGCUACAGGUUAAGGCUUCAGAGGAGUUUGAUACACAGGAUGAGGAAGCAUUUCCCCACACUAAUAUCCAGUCACAUCUUAAUGUUGCAUUGCUUGAUGUGGAGGACGAUUCAUUGUCCGUAAGCAGCAUUGAACAAAAUGUAUCGUUGGAGGAUUACUUACAAGGGAGAUGGAGCCGCUCAUCGAGCUUCGACUAACAAUUUUAAAAAAUGAAAGGACAAAGUCCUUGUUUGAUUCUUUCUGUAUAUUCUUUUGUUGUUCCCCUUCUUCUUGUGUUCUUGCUUGCAAGUAGGUCUUGGAUGAGAGGUUGUUUGCUGUUGUACCCUCCACCUUACCUUGUUAGCCAUGUCUCGGUCCCUGUUUAUUUGAGCUGGUUUUAGGAACCAUUAAUUGGUUCUGUUUUGAAUCUUCUUGCUCAUAAAGGUUGGUAACCAUUGCUUGAUAUGUGUUGUGCAUUUGAAGAAAUAAUAAGAGCAAGAGCAAGGCUGCCCCUGAAAUUUUGCUUC